ACUCUACAGUAUUCAAUAGUCAAUUGUCAGAUGUCAACCCAACUAACAGGUAACGUUCUCCGAACGUUGUGGCAAGGUUCUCUCAAUGUUUCGAACAAACAUUAUUCCAGUAACGUUAAUAGAAAGUUCGUACAAAGUUAUCCGGUCUCUAAAAACGUUUUCAAAACAUCAGCACAAAAACAUUAUUUAUGUACUGUUUCUGAAACAUUUUAGUUAAGUUUUAAGUGUUACUACUUAUUUUAGAACAUUCAAAAUUAACGUUCCCAUAAUAUUUGCAAAAAAUAAAAUGGAACGUUCCCUUAACGUUCGCAUAACCAAGAAAAAACAUUUCUGACGUCAAAAAAACUGGACAUUUUAAGCGCUCAGAAAUAAUGUUUUCAUAACAUAAUGGCAAAACGACCAUAUUUUUGUUAGCUGAGAACAUGAACAUGAACUCAUUCUCAAAAAAAAAAAACACAAACAAAACUACACCAGACGAAAGAAAAUAUGACCCAGAUUUGUGCUAAAUAUGUUUUAUGCAGUGGCUGAAAGGAGGAUGAAACUUUCUGUUCUGAUGUUCAACUAUAAAAUCUGGGUGCAGCAGAAUCACGUCUACAUCUGAUACGGUCUUCCUGUACAGAAACUCAAACAGCUUUAGAUCGCAUGCUCCUGUAAAACCUAAUUACGUUUUUAAGGUGAAAGGAAAUACAAGGCUUCUCCAUUUGCAAAUGACCGUGAGCUUUUAGAUCAGCCGUUUUACGAGCCAUCGUUUGGGAAAUGAAAGAGCAAACUGGAGCGUCCAGAGGUCUGCGUGUCUGUCGGCCGUGCGCAGCGUCUCCCUCGGGGCUCCAAACUCUGGGAACGUUUGAUGUGCCGAGAGCUGCGGAGGCCAGGUGUGUAAAACUGUAAAUUUGCCUCCUAAAUACAAACAGGAAAAGUGAAAGAGUGCUUGACCUUCUGCAGAGAUGAACCAUUCCAGCAGUGAACGGCCCUCUGUUUAGCUUCCUCAAUUGUGGCCCGCCUCGUUAGAUUUAUUACCCUCAAAGAUUCACUAUCAGCCUUUGAAUUCAACUCAUGCUUUGAUGUUUGUCUGUAAGACAGCAACAAAUGACAGACGAGACCCUUCAGAUCACAUAUGAGAACUGCGGGAUCUUGAGAAAGUCACGUCAUGUGAUUUCUUUUAAUAAAUCGGUGGAUGUCAAUGCAACAGCAGUUUCUUAGAGUCUGUGUGCAGAUCUCGCAGGAUUCUUCCAGCAUACCUCAGCGAGAGAGAGAGAGAGAGAGUGAGAGAGAGAGAGAACGGCUGCACUCAUGUUUACAGCUCCCUCUCACGUCCACCGGAGGCCUGGCUGGCAGAAACGGAUGAUUCUCUCUCUCUCUCUUUCGUUCUCUCGCUCCAGCAUCCCAGUGACAGCUGAGUGGCUGAGGCGUAAUUGCAGAGAAGUGAGGUCAGCAAGAGGCUUUUAUCAGAGAUUGCGCAGCGUUCAGCAACACGAGAAGAUGCACAGCACAGACGGGCUGCCCCAAAACUCCCUCUCUCGGUGCGUCACUUUGGAAGUUUCUCUGAAAUCGUCUGGACUAAAGCACAAAUCCUGGAGGCACAACUCUGAGGAGAUUCUGAUGCUGCAGGAGGAGGUCCGACUUCACUCCACAGUCUGAGGAUUUUACUGGGAAAGGGUCCAAGCGGAUCUCCCACGGCUUGAAGAUCCAACCAGAGUUUUGCCUUCAGUAUGUGGAUCAUGAACUCAUUGAGAAACGCAGUAUAAUGCGCAAAUGGACGCUGCCAUGGAAACUGCCUAAGUUGCCGUGUGGACUGUGGUUGCACGUCAUGCUGGUUGUCAGCCGUGUGUGCGUGUGUGAUGGCGACAGGGUCGCUGGGCAGGCGUCUGUGACUGACUGUUCCAAACACGAACGCCACACCAGGAACUACGACUACAUGGAAGGAGGGGACGUUCGAAUCCGACGCCUCUAUAGUCGCACACAGUGGUUUCUGAUGAUUGAUGAGAACGGGAAUAUCAACGGAACGCAGGAUCCCAACAACUGCUACAGUGUUCUGGAGAUCAGGACGGUUUCUGAGGGCGGCGUGUUGGCCAUAAAAGGACUGAAGAGCCAGUAUUACAUUUCCAUGAACCGCACCGGAAUGUUACAGGGCAAAAAAGAAUACAACGACAGCUGCAACUUCAAAGAAGUGUUUUUAGAGAACUACUACACAGCGUACGCCUCCGUCAAAAAGACUAAAGACGGCAAAGAGAUGUUCAUCGCUCUGUCAAAAAACGGCCGGCCGCUGAAAGGAAAGAAGACAAGGAGAGAGAGCAUCACUUCUCACUUCAUCCCUCGAAAGUGCAAGGAAGACGAGAAGAAGCUGGCGUGAAGCCAGAAACAGACCUGGUUUGGCUUUUUACUCGUCUGGCGUGAUGCAUGUGAGAUUACUGUCAGUAAUUCAGCUGAAAACAUUAUCGAUAAAACAUACUUUCUUUCUUUGCCACUCACACACGAGAAGAAGCUGGUGAAGCGACACCACGGUUUAUAUAUGAAAAUGUUUUGGACUCAUGUAAACAAACAGUUAUAAAUACUUCUCUGUGUUUGGAGAUAAAAACUAUUUUUAUAUUUUUUAGAGAGAAUAACCAGAGCGUCUAUGUUUCUGUUCACUGCACUUUCACAGCCAUUAAGAAUGAAAACGCCAAAUAAACACUGCAAUGCAUUUAUACGAAUGGUCAUUAAAUAUGGCAGCGCUGUGUGUGUACGACAAUAUCACACACCUUCAGUUUAUAUACUAACAUCCCUUCAACAUUCAUCCUGAGGAGAUUUCCUUUUCAUUUAGUUUGAGACAUUCCGUUCUCGUUUCCAUUUCAAUCAGUUCCCUUAUUUAAUUUGUUUAAUCUUUGGGUUUGGGUCAUUUAUUAUUUCUAAAAAUCACAUGCAAUUAACAUUCAUCUUCCUGCUCUUAUAGUGACUGUAUUCUAAGAAAUACAAUGUUUGUCUUCACAAUCUUCCAUCACUUAUUCAUAAACGACUUUCCUUUCCAUUAUUGAUCAACCGCCUUCAUAUAUAGACACUUUCACCAUCCAAUCGGAUGAAAUCAAACACAUUAUGGUGAAAUGGGUUUGACGUGGGAGUCUGACCAUAUUUAGUUUCAACAUAAUCACUCAGAGCUCUAAUGUGAUUGUGUCCAUGUGUCGUUGUGUGUUAUUUAUGAUAUUUAUAUGUGUCGCUGGCUCUGAAAUAAUCGUCUGUGUUCUGUGCUGCAAACACUCACAGAGAGUCACGCAGGAGUUUAUAUUUUGCUGCUAGAAUACUAAGUGAAAUCUGAGGUUUUAUAUGAUUAUAGAUCAAUCUCAAUAAAACAUGUAUAUAUCUUU